GCCUAACACCUAAAAGAUUUAUUGACCUCAGCAGCUACCUUUGGUGGCUAUUUCCUUCAACUUGUUUUAUACUCUUGUUUCUUUUCAUAGGCAUUGCUAUGCUGUCCCGGAAUGAAGGCGAGGGUUGCAGCUUAAAAGACCUAGACAUCGAACACUACACUGCAUUCGAGCGUUCUCUGCGACGUAUGUUGGACACCGAUGUAGCAGAGCGAGCAUACUCAGAAGUCUUUGACGGUAUGCCCUUGAGAGAUUCGUACCUGGAUCUCCAGUUCCCGGAAGACAGGCAUCCUGCACUUAAACAUGUGAAUCUUUCGGAAGGUGUCAGGGAAAGAGUCUUUGACUUCCGAUCAAAGUUUGAUCUCUCAUCUCUCUGGUUUGAGACUUCCCUGCUUCAAGCAUUCAGUAAAGCAUCAGCCCAGUCUAAAGAAUUUCACUUGAGACUUCUUGAGCUUUUGGCUGUGAGCUGCCAUCAGAUCGCAGUCCAGAUCUUCCAGCUUGAUGAUGUUGCCGAGAGACAUAAUAUCUACGAUAUCUGGAGACAUUCUCCGAGAGAUAUGACGAAAUGGGAUUCAUUCCGAGACCCAACGGCCUUUUCGCAUGGACCUUACAUUGCAGUUGACCAAUAUCCGAAUGGGGCUGCAGAUAGUGUAGGAUACUGGGCUGAAGCCAGAAUAUUUGGUGGCGUCGUUGUGUUUGAUAGAGGCGAAGAUGGCACCGAGAGUCGUCAAAUAUACUUCCAUGGAUGUCGCCGAAAGGGACCACGAACGAUAUACACUCCAAUAGACCAGCAAUUCGAACAAAUGAUUCAAUUCCUUCUUGAUGAAAGUGAGAGUCAUGAUACAGCCUCGGCCCAUCCGUUUCCUGUUCUAGCGACAUCGCAGAACCGUUGGCGCUGGGAUCCUUGGGAGGCGAUGGCGCACUACAAUAUCUAUCGCGAUAGGUUUGAGCGGAAAAUCAGUUCUAGUAAAGGGAAGCUCUGCGUUCUCAACUCCAUUGACUGGCCCGAAGUCAAGGAUGAUUUAUACCUCAUCAAUGCGAUGCUUGAUCAGUUGGAGGGGAAGCCAGUGGAUGAAGACAAGAUCGCCUCGGCUAAAGAGGGGCUGACCAAAAUCACUCCAUCAUCGCCGUUAUGGUCAAACGAAGCGCGGAGAUACCAAGGAAUAUAGAGGAUGAAGAUGCUUGUCAAUGAAAAAGGCGUUUCAACAUUGGCUACUGCCGGCGGGUUGUUCAUCAAUGGAUCUUUGUGUUCGGUUAAAUCGCGCAUCGGUGUAUGAACAAGCAACACUGCAAAAGGUGACAACCCUUCCCAUGGACAUGAGAUUGCUCUUAGAAACAGACAAAAAGUAUGAGGCACACCCGAC